UGCCUUAUCUUCUCCGUGCGCUCCUCCCAUCUCAUGCUUUCUGUCGCCUCCGUCGUCCGCCCGUCUGCCCAGACCAUGGCAGAAGCUAGGACCUCUAGCGGAAGCAGGCUGCAAAUCUCCCUCAUGCACAUGCUCAUCCACGAGGGGCGAGGCCACAGCGCGCCUUGGCCCUGCGCUCCUUCCGCUGCAGCUUGCCCCCCUCGGUCUGGGCUCCUUCCGCUGCAUCUUGCCUCCCUCGGUCAUCAUCUUGCUGCUUGGUGUCAAUCGAGAGGAUGGCUGCAAGUACCACUGGACCAGGUCCCGAUUGAAGUUGUCUUUGAUUUUUUUUGGGCGUCCAUUUGUAAAUAAUUUAAUGCUACUGCUCCACUAUUCUUGCUGAUGUGAGAUCUACUGCCUUUAUUUUGUGUAGUUAGCUUGUUGUGCAAUUUUAUUUACUAAUCGACUUUAUUUUUAAUUUCUUUUCUUAUUCCUGCAAAGAUGAUACAAAUUUAGGAAGCAUCUCACAAAUUCUCGGGUAGUUCGGGGAUACCCGAACUCGAAUUUUCGGAUACCCGGAUUGUCGGGUUCUUUUUUCAUACAAAUUUUAGGUAGUAAUUUUGAAAACCCGAAAUUUUUAAUACCUAAAAUAUUCAAUCCGAAAUUUUCGAGUAACCCGAAUCUGCACCCGUACUUACGCGCCUCGACCGCGUCUCGGUCUCGGCGCUCCGAGUCCGACAGCUGCUGCCGGCCAUCAUAAAUGCAACAAGGAUUGGAGCACCCUCACACCUUCUCGUGUCCCGCUGACUUAGAGUCAGCGGAUCCGGUUCCCUCGCCAUCUCCCUUCUCUCGCCAUCUCGCUCCCUUCCGUCAGAUCCAUCCAGACACCAACUCGAUCGAUCUUGCGUUAGCCGGCGGCAUGGCGCUCCGCCGCUCCAAGCCCUUCCUGGCGGCGUUCCCGCUCAUCGACGCCGCCAUCGAGGGCGCCGGCGGCCUCUCCCGCGACGAGUUCCGGAGCGCCAGGGCCCGGAUCGUCGAGCUGCUCUGCGACGCCGCGGACGACGAUGGCAAGGUGGAGGGCUUCUGCGAGCUGCUGGACGAGGCCCUGGCGGGGUCGCUCGCCACACUGCGGGCCGUGCCCGCCGAGAAGAUCGAGCUGGCGUCCGGCGAUCUGGUCGGCGCCGUCGGCACGCUGAUGAAGGACCACCCGUCGGAGCGGGUCCGCGGGCUCGCGCGUGACGUCGUGCGCGGGUGGAGGGCGGGCGUCGAGGCCGCGCUCGCCAGGGACAGGGCCGCCAUGGACGUGCUGGACGGCCUCUCAUCUACUCUGCCGCCGCCCACCGCCAACCGCGACACGAAGACGAAGAAGGAAGGGAAGCUGCCGGACGAGCAGCAGCAGCCUCGUGCAAGGAAGACACCCGCCGCCAUCACCAGCAGCCAUCCUAGCACGGCGGUGUCCAAGAAGGGGGUUCCGAUCGCCAGCGCCAGCAAAGCCAAGCCAUCAGCGAACAUGAAAGCUCCAGCCGUUGUCCCAGCGCAGCCGAAGAAGAAGACGCCGCCCGUCGUCGUCCGCAGCAUCGCCGCCGACGAGGGGAAGAAGAUGGAGGCCACGAAGCGCAAGCUCCACGAGCGGUACCAGGAGGCCGAGGACGCGAAGCGGCAACGCAAGAUACUGUGGAUCGAGCCACGACGGCCGCCGCCGGGGAUGAAGAAGGGCCAAAUGCAGCGCAACGCGCACCUGGCAAGCUACGCGGCGGCGAGGUGCUUCGUCAAGUCUAGCUCGCUUGGGAUGAGGGUUUAGUCAGGGUUCUUCUGCUGCAUUUAACGAUUCUGACCGUUACUUUAGAGGUCCAUCUGCAAAUCUUGUGUAAGCUAAGCUGAGUUCUCCGGAUUUGAUCGUCGUCAGUGACUUGGCAGUUACUCGUUUUUGCUCUCGCGACCGUCCCCAGCUUGUUCUGUACAUGUAAUUACUAAUUAAUGUGAAUAUACUC